UUUUCUACCAUUUUUUUUUUUUUUUUGUUCCUUUUAGGAAAAGCAGGUGGCCAAGCUGAAGCGUCUCCUCCACUCCAUCCCUAGGACCCCCCACCCCUCCUUGCUUUCCCUCUUCAAGGUGGAUGGUUCAACACUUGGGCCAAUUGCAGAGGGGAAGCGCGGAGGGCUGUUUUCCUUCCCUUCUGCCUCCUUGGUCCCCAAAGAGGAUUCACAGCUGCAAGGGACUAAUACAGACACUGGAGCUUUUGAUCUCUCUCUCUCCCUCCCCCUCCUCGCCAUCUCUCAUUCUCUCCCUCUCUCUCUCCCUCCCUGCCUCCCAUCUCUCUCCCCUCUCCCCUCCCUUUAAGACCUUCUAGGAUGGGCACACCAUUCCGCUUCGGGAGAUGAAGUGGCAUUCACGUGGGGGAGGGGAGUGAGUGACUGCUUUUAUUAGCUCCAGAAAGUGGCCAGUGCUCAGUCUUAACUAGGAAUUAAUUACAUAGAAUCACUCAGUAAACUUUCUUCAGGAUUUUUCUAAUUGUAGAGCAAGAACAUCGCAGAAGUCUAGUUACUUUUCUAAUCAACGCUCAAAAAGAUUUGAGUUCGAAAGAAAGCAUGAGGUCCCUUGGAUUAUAAAUUAGGGGUGAAAACAAUAGCUUUCCCCUCUUCCUCCCAGGGAGCCAGCGCAUCAGGCCUUAAAACACAGGUUGUGUGUGUGUGUGGGGGGGUUGGUGUCCCAUUUUAGAAGGCUGGGUGCUGGUGACUCUGGAGGCCGGCUAUGUUUGGGAAGUCCAGCCUAGUCAAAUGUGUGACCUCUUUUGUUGGUUUGCAUUCUUUCCCCUUCUGGCUCCUCCGGCCGAGGCACAGGUUUGCUAGCCCGUGGAUCUCUUUGCUUCUGGUUGACUCUGAGAAGAAAAGACACAUUCAAGGGGCCCUGGCUCCUCGGCUGAGGUGUUAACAGGCAGUGACGGGUUUAGAAGCCUUCAUGGUGGUUCUUCAAAUGCAAAAGCAACUCCGGAGUCACCUUUGGCCUCAGGUUGCUCGGCUCUAGCUGCCCUUCCCCCCCUCGGUUCUGCUUUCCUUACAGACAAACAGGGAGGCAGGCCCUGCCAGCUAGCUCUGCAGCCAGCAUGCUGCCAGGCCGGCCCUUCCUACCCGGAUCACCUACCUGCAGGCCGGCUUCCAGCCAGCGGCCCGGCCUCGGCCGGCUCAGCCUUGGGCAUGGUGCCCUCCUUUCUCCCUAGGAGCUGAAAAGCUGUCACCUUGAAACUGCCUGCUCCCAGCUGCAGCUCUUAGACCUUAGCAGUCAAUGACAUUGGCCACCAUGAGGCUGUUAUUAAUAGUCCGGCCUGUGAAGGGGGCUUUGCAAAAAAUGCACUCUUAUCUUCCAGGCCCUGUGGGGGGAGAUGGAUGGAUGGAAACCCCAUUUGUGAGAGUCUUCUGUGGACCUGAGGGGUCUGUCCCUGGUGAUCCUUGUCAUCAGGGGUGGCUGCUGUUUUUGGUGGCAGUUUUCAGGCUCACCGUCUGAAUUCUCCCCUUGGCCUCAGACAGAGGCGCAGCCCCCGUGGCUCUGCGUCUCAGCUGCCUGCUGCUCUGGGAGCUUUCAUUUUACCUGGAGAAGUGAUGUCGAGCUGUGCCGCCCUGGACUCCGAAGGGCACGCGCUGCCUCCCCUGCAGUCUGCUCUCUAGGACAGAGCUGCGUGCGGAGACACCUGUCUGUCUUCACGUUAUGCCAGGGGGCUGCGUAAUUCUUAGCCUUCCACCCACCUCAGUGAAGGCAAGAGGGCCCCAGCACAGGCUCCCGAGGAAGGCUGAGCGACCGAAAGGGAAGGCUUUUCCUCGGGAACCUGUGACUUCACUAACUCUCUGCCACUGCAGUUUGUUGGUGUUUUUUUUUUUUUUCCUCCUUUUUCUUUUUUUAUUCUUCUUCAAACGUUGGAUUGUUGGUGUCCUUUGGUGGAGCGUUUCCUAGUUCUGAUGUUUGUGAAGGCAGCUUUGGAACUAGCAGGGCUCCUUAAACAUGAGCUCAGCUAUUGAACAAACUGCUACCAUUUUAGCUUCAAUACAGGAAUGAGGCUCUGUUGCCAGCCGCCAUUUUAAGAAUCCUGCAUAAAUAGCUUAGCUCCGAUGACUGCCCGUUUUAGUUCCUGUCUUGAAUUCUGUCCUCCUCCCAACACACCUGGAGCUCUCCCAAACACGACUCCAUCUUACCCCCAGCUUCCGGGCUUGAGGCUGCCUUGUCACCACACAGAGCACAGGACGCAGACAGGACAGUCUUCUCGGCUCUCUUCCUGUCUUGCCUUCGAGUCUUCCCAAUGGAAAAUUCCAGCCACAUCAAUUGCUUGGCUGAGGAGGAAAUAAAAACUGAACAGGAGGUGGUGGAGGGAAUGGACAUCUCUACUCGCUCCAAAGAUCCUGGCUCUGCAGAGCGAACGGCCCAGAAACGGAAGUUCCCCAGCCCUCCUCAUUCCUCCAAUGGCCAUUCGCCCCAAGACUCAUCCACGAGCCCCAUUAAAAAGAAAAAGAAACCCGGCUUACUGAACAGUAGCAAUAAGGAGCAGUCAGAGCUAAGACAUGGUCCGUUUUACUAUGUGAAGCAGCCACUCACCACAGACCCUGUUGAUGUUGUACCGCAGGACGGACGGAACGACUUUUACUGCUGGGUUUGUCACCGGGAAGGACAAGUCCUCUGCUGUGAGCUCUGUCCCCGGGUUUAUCACGCUAAGUGUCUGAGACUGACAUCGGAACCAGAGGGGGACUGGUUCUGUCCUGAAUGUGAGAAGAUUACAGUAGCAGAGUGCAUCGAGACACAGAGCAAAGCCAUGACGAUGUUGACCAUCGAACAGCUGUCCUACCUGCUCAAGUUUGCCAUUCAGAAAAUGAAGCAGCCAGGGACAGAUGCAUUCCAGAAGCCCGUUCCAUUGGAGCAGCAUCCUGACUAUGCAGAAUAUAUAUUCCACCCCAUGGACCUUUGUACAUUGGAAAAGAAUGCGAAAAAGAAGAUGUACGGCUGCACGGAAGCCUUCCUGGCCGAUGCCAAGUGGAUCCUGCACAACUGCAUUAUUUAUAAUGGAGGAAAUCACAAGUUGACGCAGAUAGCAAAAGUCGUCAUCAAGAUCUGUGAGCAUGAGAUGAAUGAAAUCGAAGUGUGUCCGGAGUGCUAUCUUGCUGCUUGCCAAAAACGUGACAACUGGUUCUGCGAACCCUGUAGCAACCCGCACCCUUUGGUCUGGGCAAAGCUGAAAGGCUUCCCAUUCUGGCCAGCGAAAGCCCUGAGGGACAAAGAUGGGCAGGUUGAUGCCCGCUUCUUUGGACAACAUGACAGAGCCUGGGUUCCAAUCAAUAAUUGCUACCUCAUGUCUAAAGAAAUCCCCUUUUCUGUGAAAAAGACUAAAAGUAUCUUCAACAGCGCCAUGCAAGAGAUGGAAGUUUACGUGGAGAACAUACGGAGGAAGUUUGGGGUCUUCAACUACUCCCCGUUCAGGACGCCCUACACCCCCAAUAGCCAGUACCAAAUGCUGCUUGAUCCCAGCAACCCUAGCGCUGGUACUGCCAAGACAGACAAGCAGGAGAAGGUGAAGCUCAAUUUUGACAUGACGGCGUCCCCCAAGAUCCUUCUGAGCAAGCCCCUUCUGAGCGGGGGUGCGGGCCGCCGGAUCUCCCUGUCCGACAUGCCACGCUCCCCGACCAGUACGAACUCCUCUGUGCACACGGGCUCCGACGUGGAGCAGGACCCCGAGAAGAAGGUCCCAUCCAGCCACUUCAGCGCCAGCGAGGAGUCCAUGGACUUCCUCGAUAAGAGCACAGCUUCCCCGGCCUCCACAAAGACGGGGCAAGCAGGGAGUCUGUCUGGCAGUCCGAAGCCUUUCUCUCCGCAAGCACCGACCCCCAUCAUGACGAAGACAGACAAGACCUCCACCACCGGGAGCAUCCUGAACCUCAACCUGGAUCGAAGCAAAGCCGAGAUGGACCUGAAGGAGCUGAGCGAGUCGGUCCAGCAGCAGGCGGCCCCCGUCCCUCUCAUCUCUCCCAAGAGGCAGAUUCGAAGCCGGUUCCAGCUCAACCUGGACAAGACCAUUGAGAGUUGCAAAGCACAACUAGGCAUAAAUGAGAUCUCGGAGGAUGUUUACACAGCCGUGGAGCACAGCGAUUCGGAGGAUUCUGAAAAGUCGGAGAGCAGCGACAGCGAGUAUGUCAGUGAUGAGGAACAGAAGCCCAAGAAUGAGCCGGAGGACCCCGAAGACAAAGAGGGGAGUCGGGUGGACAAAGAGGCCCCCGCCGCUAAAAAAAAGCCCAAGCCCGCAAACCCGGUGGAGGUGAAAGAGGAGGCGGAAAGCAACUCCCCGGCCGCAGAGAAGGCAGAGCCUGCCCCUGCCAAGGGCAAGGCCAGCCCCGAGCCCGAGAAGGACUCAGCAGAGAAAGCCAAGCCGUCGCCCCACCCUACAAAGGACAAACUGAAGGGAAAAGAUGAGACGGAUUCUCCCACAGUGCAUUUGGGCUUGGACUCUGAUUCGGAGAGUGAACUUGUCAUAGACUUAGGAGAAGAUCCUUCUGGGCGGGAGGGUCGCAAAAACAAGAAGGAGCCCAAGGUGCCAUCACCUAAGCAGGAUGCUAUAGGUAAACCGCCACCGUCUACCGCGGCUGGCAACCAGUCUCCCCCAGAGACGCCGGUGCUCACCCGCUCAGCCACCCAAGCUCCCGCGGCUGGGGUCACCGUGGCCGCCACCACCAGCACGAUGUCUACCGUCACGGUCACAGCACCGGCCACUGCCGCCGCCGCCGCCGCCGCCGCCACAGGAAGCCCGGUGAAGAAGCAGAGGUUGCUCUUACCGAAGGAGACUGCUCCAGCCGUGCAGCGGGUCGUGUGGAACUCAUCAAGUAAGUUUCAAACGUCCUCCCAAAAGUGGCACAUGCAGAAGAUACAGCGUCAGCAGCAGCAGCAGCAACAGCAGCAGCAGCAGCAACAGCAGCAGCAGCAGCAGCCUCACUCUUCCCAGGGGACAAGAUAUCAGACCAGACAGGCCGUGAAAGCCGUGCAGCAGAAGGAGGUCACGCAGAGCCCGUCCACCUCCACCAUCACGCUGGUGACCAGCACUCAGCCGGCAGCCCUGGUCAGCAGUUCUGGCUCGGCAAGCACCCUGGCGUCCGCCAUCAAUGCCGACCUGCCCAUCGCCACCGCCUCCGCCGACGUGGCCGCCGACAUUGCCAAGUACACCAGCAAAAUGAUGGAUGCCAUAAAAGGGACGAUGACGGAGAUCUACAAUGACCUCUCCAAAAACACCACCGGAAGCACGAUAGCGGAGAUUCGAAGGCUGAGGAUUGAGAUUGAGAAGCUGCAGUGGCUGCACCAGCAGGAGCUUGCCGAGAUGAAGCACAACCUGGAACUGACCAUGGCGGAGAUGCGGCAGAGCUUGGAGCAAGAGCGCGAUCGGCUCAUCGCCGAGGUGAAGAAGCAGCUGGAGCUGGAGAAGCAGCAGGCUGUCGACGAGACCAAGAAGAAGCAGUGGUGUGCGAACUGCAAGAAGGAGGCCAUCUUCUACUGCUGCUGGAACACCAGCUACUGUGACUACCCGUGCCAGCAGGCUCACUGGCCUGAGCACAUGAAGUCCUGUACCCAGUCAGCCACUGCCCCUCAGCAGGAAGCAGAUGCUGAGGCCAGCACGGACACAGGAAACAAGUCAUCGCAGGGCAGCGCCUCCACUGCGCCAUCGGCACCUUCAGAACCGGCCAGCGCCUCCAAAGAGAAAGAGACAUCAUCAGAGAAGAGCAAGGACAGCUCGACCCUGGACCUUUCUGGCUCCAGAGAGACGCCCUCCUCCGUUCUCUUAGGUUCCAACCAAGGCUCUGUUAGCAAGAGGUGUGACAAGCAACCUGCCUAUACCCCAACCACUACAGACCACCAGCCGCACCCCAACUACCCAUCCCAGAAGUACCAUUCCCGGAGCAGCAAGACCGGUUUGUGGAGCAGCAGUGAGGAGAAGCGAGCGUCAGCCCGCUCCGAGCACAGUGCAGGGACCAGCACGAAGAACCUCGUACCCAAAGAGUCGCGGGAGUCCCGCCUUGACGCCUUCUGGGACUAGGGGUGCAUCGUGAGCCAGAAUACCUCCCCGUAGCGGGGAAAGAACCCAAACAACCGGAAGCAACAGUAACUGGAGAACAGCCACCUUUCCAAUCCCCAACACUCAGGCUCUGCCCGUGGGCUUGGCUGCAGGGCAGCAACUGGACUCCAUCCCAGCAUGGGCCUUGACUGGGACUGCUGGACCUCGUGAGCCCAACACUUGAGGUGGAAGUAGGUACACUUUGUGACGUCACUGACCUAGCCUACCUUCCAUUUCAUAUCUAUACUGACCUUAACUUAUAAAAAAGAAAAACAAGUUAUAUAUAUAUAAAAUAAAAUCUACAACGAAAAGAAUGUUUUGAUAAUCCAGAGGGCUGGCUAGUUAGCCCUCUGGCCUCACUGUGGUGUCAGGGCUGGGCCCAGGGAUUGCUCUUCUCACACAGGUCCUCCUCCCUGGAUCCCCAGGGGAGGGAGGAAGCCGCUGUCCCUCUGCAGCACACCACGAUCGGAGUUCCCAGGCUAUGCUGUCCUGGACCCGCUACACCAAGCCAUCGGCCACUCACAGACCCUACAAGACGAUGUUGUGAAACACAAGUUUGCUGGGCUCGAAGGACAGAGAAAAGCGUGUGUGAUUGUGAUCUCGGCUAUGGUUCCCGAAGAGGCAAAGCAGCCUGCCGUUUACAGAAGGUCCACACAAACAAUCCCUGCGCCAUCGUGGAUGCGGAUGGCAUUCGCGUGCGGCUACCUCUUCUCUCUGUGGAGUGCUUUCCAUAAACACUCACACCUAGCUGUGAAGAGAUAGGCGUCUCAGAAGCAAGGACUCAAAAGCAAGGUGCACGCUGAGGACAUGUGAGCCCGCGAAUGGAGCAUGUAUGUAUUAUUUAUAUGCUGGAGUUCUACGUUUUUAUGUAAGCAUGAAACACAGGCAGUGUGAGAGAAAGCCAAGACCGGUCAUGCUGUCCCGUUAACGCUGCGUCUGCUGUAGUUCCAUUUUGUAUGUUGUGUAAAACGAGCAUCGAUCGAAGCAAAAGAUGAUGUGUGUAUAUGAGAAAAAUUAAUUGUAUAUCAUUCCAGUACAUUCCGUUGUACAUUUUAGUCUUCGUUUACUAUCUCUUCAUUGUUGAUAAGAAAAUGUAAGCUGUGCAUUGUCCAGCUAGUUUACGCCUACUAGAGAAGGAAGGAAGAAAUGCUAGAAGAAAACCGGAGAGAAAGAACAUUUGUGAAUUGAAUUACAGUUGUCAAAAAACAAAACAAAAAAAAAACCAAUCUAGCCUAGCUGGCCUUAUUUGGGAAGCGUAACUGCUUUUAGCAUAUGGGAGUAUUUUUUCACAUUUUCUUUGUAUAAAAUUUGUAUUAAACUUAAAUAUCUUUUUUGA